AUGCCCAUGACCACCUUUUGCUCCUCUCCAGACGGGAUGACCUUAUCCCAACCCGAGCAGUGGGAAGCCUCGUUCUCCCAGAUAUGGAGCUGCUUAUUCGUCAUGCCUGAGCAUGUGCAAGAGACAAACGACUCACGAAACCCAUCCGAGCCGGUCCAGGCCGAGUGGACGGACCUGCCCGGCUCUGCGUAUUCCAAGGGAAGAGGCGAGGGCUUCACCGACGUCAUCGACUUCCAGCUCGCGAGCGGAGAACGUCGAAUCCGCCUGGCCGACGCCAUCAAGCAGUUCGGAGCACACGUGUGCUUGCAGAACGCGGACGAGCCUGUCUUGCUUCCGCAGAACGUGCCCACGAAGCUGUGCGUGCGCUUCCCCAAGCUGUCCCCGGACCACGAGCCUUAUUCGCGCCAAAUCACGACGAGGCGGUCCACGUGCGGGGCAGAGCCCGUGUCGUACCGGCAGCUCGCCCGCAAGAUCGCAGAGGAGGCCUAUCGGAUGAUUGCCCUGCAACGUCCCAUCUAUAACGGGCGCGCGCUGACGAUCGAUAAUUUGGCACUGUGUUCGCUCCGUCGUGUGUCUAAGGGCUCCUGGGAGGUCGUGCUCCAGGCAUUUAUCUGA